AAUUUGUUUAUGAUUGUUUUUGCUAUAUCUCUGGUUAUAUUUUUUAAUUUUAUUUGUGUUGUGCAAUCAUUUAUUCGUUGCCUACUGAACUGCAGGAUUGAAAGUAAUAUUGCGGUCGUGGCUGAUCGUGCCAGUUCGGCGUACUGCCAUUGUUAAGUAACUUUGGACUCAGUAUAUUUUUUACAUGGUGGUGUUACUCGUCUAAAUUAGCAACUUCUUCCCGAAAAUGUCGGGCGAUGUUCAACCCCGAAAGCGAAAAGACAAAAAGAAACGAAAAGAUGAAGGGGAUACUUAUGGGCCUCUAUCAUCAAACGAGGACGUCACGAUUCAUUUACACAAGGAUGGUGGCACGGGGGGAAACAUCUGUGCGAAAAUAGUUUUCUUCUUUCUUUUCUCCGCUCUAAUUGUACUGGUCGGCCUUAUCAUUAAAGAAAACCAGGGACUGAAUGAACUGGACAGCGCAGAAGAAGAAUCGCGUUUUUCACAAAUCUUCGAAGGAUGGGUGGAUAAAAGUGCGGAUGAACAUGAAGAUCAUUCGCCUGAACUCCAUAGCCAUGAAGAAAGCAACGAGGAUGAAGAGGAGUACGAAGAUCAUUCAGAAGAAAGCAAUAUAGAGGACUCCGAAGAAGUCCAGUCUCAGGAACUUGAACAGGAGGAGGAUGAAGAUUCCACCGCUAGAUCUGAAGAGGACGAUUCACACGAACUCUCCUCAUCGCGCAGGUCGGAGGACGAAAGUGAAGUUGAUGAGGAUGAGGAGGACCAAAACAGCCCAGAGCUGUCUGAAGAAAAAAAUGACAGUAGUGAUGAGACUUUGCGGGAUGAGGAUGAUGAACAGGAGCCCGAACAAAGUACGGAAAUAAAUGACAAUAAAGAAAACAGCAGCGAAGAGGUUGGCGAAACUAUCGAAGGCGUCGACGCCAAAACUGAAGACCCCGAUAUCAACGAUUUAAACAAGGAUGAAGAUACUACUAUUCCGGAAACUCAGGACGCAGAACAACCUGCUAAAGAAAGCUCCGGCCUGGCUACAAAAAUUGGCGUUGGACUAGCUCUUUUGACAGUAGCCUACAAUGUGUUCCUAAGAAAGCGAAGAUCCGAUGUAUUGGAAAAACCAAUAUUGAAAGCCCCUAAAAUGGAAGAGGAAGAAAUAACAUCAAGUUUAUCCAGACGAAAUACCAUUGUUCCACCACCUACGCUUCAAGAAGUCGAACAGGACUUACCUGAAAUUGAAGUGGAAGAUGAAGAAUAUACUGAAGAAGAAUAUAGCGAUGAAGAUAGUCAUAGCGAGCAUCGAUCUCCGAGAGAGGAAUAUCAAGAACUUAGAACGACGUACUCUCGGUCUUUGACUCCCGAAGGAGAUUUUGAAGUAAAAGACAAGAAUUAUGAGGAAGAAGUUCUUGAAGACGAAAUCGAAGAAGAGGAGAUCGAACCGGAAGAACUCGAUGUAGAAGACUUAGAAGACGAUGUCGAUGACGACUACAACAGAUAUGACGAAGACGAAGACGAAGAGCUUCUUAAAAGACUGGAAGCAAAAUACGGGAAAUUAGGCAGAGACAUCAAUGUAGGGGACGAACUGGAAUCAGACUCUGACAAAGACGACGAUGAACAUUCAGACAUUACCAAUAAAGAUGAUGUUGCUCUUAAAGAAGAUCUUGAUGCUGCGCAACACCAACUUGAUAAGAAUGCAGCUUACGCUAACAAAAUGUUUGAGGCACUUCUUGAGCAAUAUCCACUUUCCCCUCGGUCGCUUUACGGCAAAGCCAGAGCAUUAGAUAUUUUAGCUGAAAAAAAGCAAAGCAACGAUCUGCUUUACGAAGCUCUAACUUUUUACGCAAGAGUUCUCAAUGCUCCUAAAGUACCUGAUCGUUUGUUCAUAAUUAGUGCUGAACGUCACAUUGAUAGAGCUCGUUUUAUGGGACAGUAUAAGAAAGCCAUUGCGGUGCAUUGGCAAAUUAUCGACAGAUUUCCGGACAAUUCCACCUACUUGAAUAAUUUAGCUGUUACAUAUUUGACCGUCAACCUAGUUGAAGAAGCACGAUCUGUACUGAAAAAAGUAAUUUCGAAGUGGCCCAAUGAUGGGUUCGCUUUAGUCCAUUACGGUUUUAUCUUGAAGACUGUAGAUAAUAAUUUGGAAGAAGCCAUCCAGUAUAUGUCGAAAGGGCUAAGAACUGAAGCUGCUGGCGUUGUUGACGGUAGAUUUUACUUCCACCUAGGCGAUGCACUUACCCGUGUAAAUAGAAAAGACGAGGCUGAUAAACUGUACGAAGAGGGUGUUGAGAAGAAAGUAUUUCGAUCCAAGUAUCAAAGAUCACUGUACAACGUAGAUCGACUACCAGCCAAGCCUUGGUUGAACCCGAAAGAUGUUCCCUCCUAUCAGACGCUUUUUGCUGCCUUAGUAGAAAAUUGGAAACAAAUCAGACAAGAAGGCUUGUCUGCGCUAAACGACCAAGGAUACUUUCAGGAUGAGGCAGAAAACCUUAAAGACUCAGGCACUUGGAAGCAACUGGAAUUGUUUGCUCGUGGCCGAAAGUUUGCAAAGAAUUGCGAAAGAACACCCAUAACAUGUUCAGUUAUUGAAAGAUUUCCGGAGGCGAGCCGAUGCAAAAGAGGCCAAACUAAGUUUAGUGUCUUGCAUCCGGGAACACACGUGUGGCCGCAUUGUGGCCCUACGAAUUGUAGACUAAGGAUACAUUUAGGGCUCAAAAUUCCUGCUGAUGUCUUUUUAAGAGUUGCAGAGGAGACUAGGGGAUGGAAAGAGGGCGAUAUCAUCAUGUUUGAUGAUAGCUUUGAGCAUGAAGUCUGGCAUAAUGGGACUGAGUUUAGGCUGGUCUUAAUUGUAGACGUUUGGCAUCCAAAUUUGACUUCUAUGGAGAAGCAAAGUCUCUCGGCAAUUUAACCUGUAGAUACCAUUACAUAUUUUUAUGUACAACGUAGUUUUAGUAAGUGAUUUUUUGUAUCAAAACUUGUCAUGUUCCAAAAUACAUGUAAGAUGAAUACUUA